GUCUCAGUGGGGGUGGUGAGGAGAGAGAAACUAAUUCUGUCUUUCCUAAUCCUCCUUUCUGCAAGUCUUCUACGCUCACUGACAGAAUCCAACACCAAAUAAGCUAACAAUUUUAGCUCUCUAUCACACUCACAACAGCUGAAUAUGAGAGAGGGAUUGUCAGCAUAGUGGUAAUCUUGAUCUAAAUAUACAUUCAUAAAUCUGUGUUGAAACGGAAGAAUGUAAGACAACCGGGACGGGACAGAAGUCAAGAUGGGUGAAGCUCCAAAGGGUUUGCUCUCUGUGAUGCAGAAGCUGAGGGGAUCCACAGAGCUGGAGCUCAGGAUAGUUCUGUUGGGUCUGGACAAUGCUGGUAAAACCACAUUGCUCAAGUGUCUCGCCUCGGAGGAUGUGAGCACCAUCACACCAACACAGGGCUUUAACAUUAAAAGUGUGGCCUCUCAUGGGAUGAAACUGAACGUGUGGGACAUCGGCGGACAGAGAAAGAUCCGUCCUUUUUGGAAAAAAUACCUAGAAAACACAGAUUUAUUGGUUUAUGUCAUAGACAGCACUGACAAGAAGCGGUUUGAGGAAACAGGAUUGGAGCUGUCAGAGCUGAUAGAUGAGGAAAACCUUGCAGGUGUUCCCAUCCUCAUCUUUGCGAAUAAGCAGGAUCUGGGUACUGCGUCUCCGGCCAGUGAGAUCGCCGAGGGUUUAAACCUGCACACGUACAGAGACCGAGUCUGGCAGAUCCAGGCCUGUUCGGCGGUCACAGGAGAGGGUGUACAGGAUGGUAUGAAUUGGAUUUGUAACAACCUCGUCAAGAAGAAAUGAACCAUUCUGCACAAGCUGUAUAUGCAAAUAACAUCACCUGUGCGAUAACCACAUGAUUUACAUGUAAUCAGUACAAUAAGCUCAAAGUGCUCCAAAGGUGUUAGCAUUUUCCUUUAAAUCCACUGUUUCUAUGUUUGUUUGAUAAAGAGUAAUUGAUUUCAUUUUUAAACAUUCGCCUUUAGUGUCAUUAGUUUAAGUAUCAAAGUAACUUAUUACAUUUAUUUUGUCUUCAAAACAGAAAAAAAAUAAUAAAGUGUUUAUUUAUCACAUAUUUGACUCAUCAUAUUCUAUGGAUAUAGUUAUCUAUAGUUUAAAUAGUUUUGUUAUUAUGGAUAAAAAAUUGUCAGUGACAACAUUUUUUAGUUAAAGGGGUCAUAUGAUGCUGCUAAAAAGAACAUUAUCUUGUGUAUUUGGUGUAAUGCAAUGUG